AAUUUAAGAUUCUCAUAAUAUAUUGUCUUUAAACAAAACAUUUUAUAUAUCAACCCAUCUUAUAACACAUGAAUCGGUAAUCAUCACAACCCAAGUAUUUGUUAGUUAAUGAUGCCCCAAGUAUUUGUUCUAUUUUUCCUCUUAAUGGUAUUUGUUAGUAGAUCUGUUUCCUCUUAAUGGUAUAAUCAUGUCCAACCUGGUUCGCGCAAAACUAACCAAUUUAACAAUUUUUAAAAGGUGAAAAAUAAAAUAAAAAUAAAAAUAAAACUACACAUUUCCAAACCUGAAAACGAAAACACCUCAUGUUUGUUACAUUUACGUUGUUGUCAGCAGCUAAUUAACUUCCUCUUUCUCUCCCACAUAUAUAUUUACCGUCACCAACUUCAUUAAUUACACGCAAAAACUCAAAGAACACGAUUAAUCAAAACCCAAUAUACUCAAUGCCAAUAAUGAACCACAAAGCUUGUACUCAACAUGUUGCCGUCUUAGUCUUUCCGUUCGCCUCCCAUCCCGACAUUCUUCUCCACUUUAUCCGUAUAAUCUCAGCCAUGGCCCCUGACGUGAAGUUCUCAUUCUUGAGCCUUGCUAAAUCCAAUAGCUCCCUCUUCACAGAAUCCAACAGCAAGGGGUUUGAAAAUAUUAAGCCUUACAAGGUAUGGGAUGGCUUGCCAGGGGGCUAUGCGUUCUCUGGGAACCCUCUGGAGCCAAUUGAUCUCUUUCUUAAGGUGGCACCGGGCAGCUUUAAGAAGGUUAUCGAAGAGGCAGAGGCUGAGAUUGGCCAGAAGGUGGGCUGCUUGAUAUCAGAUGCGUUUCUUUGGUUUGCAGGAGAGAUGGCAGAAGAAAUGCAGGUCCCUUGGGUGCCCUUAUGGACUUCGGGACAACGCUCUCUGCUUGUUCAUGUUGGUACCGAUGUGAUUAGAGAAAAAGUGGGAGCUAGUGGAGAAAAAGACCAAAGCCUAGACUUCCUUCCUGGAUUUUCAGCAUUCCAUGCAUCUGAUUUGCCUGAAGGAGUAGCAUUUGAAAAUUCAGAAUCACCAAUUGCAGUUAUGGUCCACAAAAUGGGACAGAAGCUACCGCAGGCAACUGCAGUUGCCAUAAACUCUUUUCAAGACAUAGACCUCGAAGUUGUGUUUGAGCUAAAGAAAAGGUUCCACAAAUUCCUUCAUGUUGGACCUUUCUCUCUAACACCAACAGCACCAAUUCAUGACGAGCACGGCUGCUUAGAGUGGUUAGACAAGCAUAAACGUGCUUCCGUAGCCUACAUUAGCUUCGGAAGUAUGGCAAAACUGCCCCCUCAUGAGCUAGCAGCCUUAGCCGAAGCCCUAGAGGAAGGCGGAUUUCCGUUUAUCUGGUCAUUUAGGGGAAAUGAAAAAGAUUUCCCCAAGGGAUUUGUUGAACGAACGAAUCGAAAUGGACUUGGAAAAGUAGUCCCCUGGGUUUCCCAGACUAAAGUAUUAAAUCAUUCCUCUGUUGGAGUUUUUGUGACACAUUGUGGAUGGAAUUCAGUUUUGGAGAGCAUAACGGGUGGUGUGCCAAUGAUAUGUAGGCCUUUUCUGGCUGACCAGCCACUGAACAUGAGAACUUUAGAGGUUUUGUGGAGAAUUGGUGUGGGGAUUGAGGGAGGUGUUUUGACAAAAAGUGGAGCAAUGAAGGCAUUGGAAUUAUGUUUGUCAAGUAAACAAGGAAACGAAAUGAGAGAGAGAACUAGUAUCCUCAAAGUGUUUGCUGAAGAGGCUGUUAAAUCGUAUGGUCGCACAACUGAAGAUUUAAAUGUUUUGGUUAAUGAAAUAAUAUGUGGACCGAGCAAGCCUAAAUGGCUGGACUGGGUGACCAACUUGAACUGGUGGUGAUGGGACCAAUGCUUUUUAUUUGUUUCUUUUUCUUUCUGGUAUACAAGCAAUAUUGGAAUGGAGGAGAAUGGAGGAUAUGCACGCGAGAUCUAAGGUGCAAAGGCAAACCCUCUUCAAAGAUUGGUGCGGCCCAACGGGUUGCUCCAUUUGAUUCAAAGUCUUGUUUGACCUUGGACACCAAGUCAGGGUAGGACCAGCCAGGGAAGUUCUGAACAAUGAAUGCCUCUUUAGCAACCAAACGGUUCGCAUUUCUCUUCCCUGUGUGAAGAUUCUCUCAUUGUUUGUCGCGCGAUCAAAGGAAGGUUUCAGAUGUCGAUUUGGGGCUUGAGAUUUUGCAUAUGAUUAUUGUUAAUCAAAAAAAUAAAAUAAAAUAAUGAUUUAUUAAAAAAGAAAAAAAAAAGUUAAUUCCAGUUUGUUGUUUGGUGGAAAAAUGAAUAGAACUGGACCCAAAGCCUAUCCAGUCCAAGUCAGCCCAAUCCAGUACUUCAAAACUUAUUCUAAUCAGUCCAAGCCAACCUAUCAAACAGGGCCUAAAUAUACUUAGACCUUUCCUGAAAAAUGUUAGGCCUCAACAAGCUUCAACCGAAAGGCCAA